AUGCUGUCUGACGAAACAGUAAAUCGCAAAAAAGUCAGCCUCCUGAUACUUUUCCGAUACCCAAAGGGACACUUUUUGGCACCUCAAAUUCAAUUUAGGGCACUUUAAGACUACCAAACAUAGGUCAUUUAUGUCUUUGGGUUUUGGGUCAAAAUCUUGAACCACGAGAGAAAGUUUUACUACUUCGAUUUUCUUGAAAUUUAUACCAAAUUAAUCUACUUAAAAAAUGAGUUCUAGCAUGUCUUACCCUUGAAAACUUCCUUGGGACCGCUGGGAGGUGUUUUAGCUGCAGGGACACUCGAAACUCCAGCAAAAGUUUUAACUUGA